AAUGCUUCAGAGAUACAAAAAAUACUUUUGCCUAGGGUUGUCGGUGCCGAAAAUAACCCAGAAAAGGGCUGCCACUUCAUUCUUUGGGUAUUUGACAUCCCCAAGCAAGAUAUUAGGGUGUAUGACAACACUGGUGUAUCCCGUACCAUUUCAGAGCCAGACAUGCAAAUUCUAAGAAAUGCAUUUAGAAAUGUUGGCUCCUUGAAUGAUUGGACUAUAACCUAUCCACAGCAAUGGCAUAGAGAUGAUGGAAGGAACUGUGGGGUUUUUGUUUGCACAGUAGCGGAGAUGGAAGCCAGAAAUAUUAAAAUGAAUCAUGAAAUGCUGCACAUUGAACAACUGAGACACCUUCGGCUUUACCAUGCCACAAGCAUGGUAAAAAAUAUACAAUCUGAGGCUGUUGAAGCAACAAAGAGUGUGGCAAAAAACAGCUGCAUGGCUCAGAAAGAAAGUGUAUGCCUGUUUCAAAAAAUUAAUUCCAAAAAAAUGCAUCCACACAUCAAAACACUCAACUGGAUUCAGUGUGACCAAUGCCAAAAUUGGCUGCACACAGACUGUGCUGGCAUCAGCCUUGAAAUGGUCACAGACAAAACGCCAUUCAGCUGUGGCUGUGACACCAAUCAUAAGUAUCCCUUUAAGAAAACACUGAAACUUCUGAAAGAGGGUCUAUUGGUUAACUGUUUAUUGGAUGAUGAAGAGAUCUUGAAAAUGCAUCAAGGCUUGACAAAUGGCACGAUAUUGUCAAUCAGGAUGUACUUACUUUCACAUCACGCAUUUUCUCUUAAGCUGAGGAAGUUUUACAAUGUAAUGUUUUUUAGCGAAAAACAGACUGAGGCAAUAAUUGAGAGAAUAUAUGAAGUUACCAAACUGAACAGAGGUAACCUGGAAAACACUACCUACAUUCUGGAAGUUUUGACACCAGAGAUAGCCCUCAAGAUGCUACAAAAGACUGAGGGCUUUAACAGGUACCAGGCUGAAAUGGCUUUUCAGUCAAGUUUUGGUUUGGAAUUGUGAUACGGCUUGGUUUUAAUUGACCUUCAACCACAAGGAUGUUGUCCCAGCCCUGUGUUGAGGCUGGGGCAUAUAAAUAGGUUUAAAUAUUGUUGCCAUAUAGGCCUAGUGUAUUCUCACUUGUGGACAUUUACAGAACCACUAUUUCUUUUUAUUUUUCUACUAUGUAAUAUUUGUAGGUAAUUUUUACAAAUGUAUAUUUUUAGUUUUGUACAUAUGACAUUUACAUUUAUUCUAAUUAAAUACAUCAGAAUGUUUAUUUGCUGUCAUUUUUUGUCUCUCUCUAUAAAAUUGCAGUGACUGUAGUAAAACUGCAGCAG